UCAAGGCCGCGGGGUUUGGUUGCACACAGGCUGCAGUUUCAGUUUGUUUUAUUCACCAUUUUGAGUAGCUGAAGGUAAAAAAAAAUAAAGAAUAUUUGCGUUUGGAGGACAAGUCGCUGCCGUACUUUGAUUUUCACUCGCCAGCUCGGACGGUGGAGUUGUGAGACAACCCUCGCUCCCCUCGGUGUUUUGCAGAGCGGGAAUCUAUAUUUCUUUCCCCCCCCUUCUCCAGUGCUUUUUUUUCCUUCUCCCCCCCUUUCUUACAUCCUUUAACCUCUACAGUAUUCCUGCAAAAUGUCAAGACCAGUGAGGAACAGGAAAGUGGUGAACUACUCACAAUUCAAUGAGUCUGAUGAUGCAGAUGAGGAGUAUAGUGACGACAAACCUAAGAAGGUGCGCCCAGCCCCUCGUGAGCCCAAGCACAAGCGCUCAAAGAACUCACAGGAUGACAGAUCUCGACGCAGUGAGGACUCUGAUGACAAGCUCUCCAAAUCCAAAAAUGAUUCAGCAGAUGACUUUGGCAGUGAGGAAGAAGACAAUGACUUUGGAGAGGAGGAGGAUGAAGACGGAGGAAGCGAUUAUGAAGAAAAAAAAGGGAAAAAAGGAAAGAAAGCCAAGGUGGAGAAACCCAGCAAGAGGGGGCCGAAGAGAAAACGGGGUGCAGAUGACAGCGAUGAUGACAGGGAAGUGAGUCGAAAGCGUACAGUGCGCCAGGCGGCUUCCAAGGCUGUAUCCAAACAGAGAGAGAUCCUGCUGGGCGACGGAGGAAGCGAGGAUGAGGAGCACGAAGACCAAGAGGAGUCCUACAUGGACCCCGAUGAGUCCGGCAGCGACGAGGACUUCAUGGUGGAGGAUGACGAUGACAGCGACUACGGUCACUCCAAGAAGAGAAGCAAGAAGGUGAUUCGACGGGGACGGACAGACAAGAAGGAGAAGAAAAGCCCGAAACCCAGACUAAAGGCCACAGUGACCCCCAGCCCAAUGAAAGGAAAGGGAAAGGGACGCCCCAGCACUAAGGCCAUGGAGAAGAGCUCACCCAAAGAGGAGGAAGAGGAGGAUCCCGAGAGCCCCCUGGAGGAGGAAGAGGAGGAGGCCGAGAAGAAAGAGACCUCCCCGGCUCCCAAGACGACAAAGGAGGCCACAGGAGGAGAUGAGGAGGAGGAGGAAGACGAAGAGGAGGAGGAUGGCUCGGAAGAGGAGGCGCCCUCUGGAGAAGACUAGAAGACGACCCCCGUUCGAAGCCCAUCCUCCACGUCUCUCUCUCUGUCUCUUCUCAUUGUUUUUGUUUUCUUUUGUUGCUCUGCGUUUAGAGUUGUAUUUUUUUUUUUUUCCCUUUUACAUUGUUUUUUUCUUCUGGUGGCCUGGCUCAAUGGUUUGAACUUGGUGUGCUUUGUUUUUUUUUUUUUUUUUAAUUCUUCGCUUUUCUUUUUGCUUCCCCCCCAUCGCUCCCUCCCACCGAGGAAGAUGUAUUUUGAGCAGCAUUUCCCUCCAUCCCGUCUUCAUCCGUUUCUAUAUUUUACAGCUCUCUGUGCUAGUGAGCGUCCGUCCUGAGUGUGAACAAACCAGUUCACUAGCAUUUGUGUUUUCCCCUUCCUGCCUAGAUUAUCAGUGAUCCGACACUCUACUUUCUACUUUACUGUGUGACUACUGGAAGUGUAGUUCAGCAUCAGUAAGUAAAUCGCAGUGUUUUCAAAGCGAUCAACAUGUGCGGGGCCGAAGCCUUCACUGUUUAUUUUGGUAUUUUGUGCUUUUAGCAGGGCUUUCAGUUGAAGCCGCAUCUUUUUAAUUUAAUUUACCAUCAUCAUCAUCCUGCUUUUUUCAAAUGGAAUUGGUGCUUUGAGGCGCAAUGAAUUCUGCUUGCAGCUGCUGCUUCGUAGUUGAGUUAAACGUGUAGACUGAUGAGUGUUUGCUACAUGCCAGCUACUGCCGACAUCACACAUUUCAAAGCAGCAUGUGUGUGAAACUUUCUGUUUUCGUAUGUUGGGCUUUCUAAUGAUGCUACAUUUAGCAACCUGCUUUUUAAAAUAAACACACACCUACACCUUCCCGCAUGGCCACAGUAUCUUCUCAGUCAACCCCUUGUGCCAGGCACCCCUAAAUCUUUUUUUUGUUUGUUUUUUUAAAAAAAAAUGCAAGAAGAGAUGUUUUCUUUUUUUUUUUGAGAGUUAAAAAAUGAAUGUUGUUUUAUCUCCUGUUGGUUCAUUGUUCUAAUUCUCUAUUCAGAUUUUUUUUGUAAUGUUUGUUUUUUAAAAAAAAGAAAUAAAAUGUAUCUUGAUUUUAAAGAAAAAAGUCGACCCUAUCCAAUCUGUUCUGCCUGAUGGUUGGACGAGCCAUCCCUCCCUUACUUACUCCUGUCCUUUCAUUCAUUCAGCCCCCUUCUAUCCCCCAUUAGCUUAACAGUUACUGUUGGUAUCCAUGUCCAUUUGUUUCUUCGAGGCUUUUCUGUUGCCCAGAUUGGUAUUUCACAAGUGGAUAAAUUUUUAAAUUCGUACUGAGGCUCAGAGUAGAUUUAAAAGCGGGCAGCUUGGUAUACAUCCGGCGUUCAUUUGUCUGUUAAUGCCUUAAUUUUCAUUGAGUUGUGUUUCACUAGUGACUCUGAUAUCAUCAUUGGAGGCCUGAGAAUGUAAUCUGUCCUCAAGUUUUAGGUCUUUGCUACAAGCAGCAAAUUAGGCUUAAAACAAAGUCAACAAUUUGUAUGAUCAGCAGACCAUCCGAAGCCAUAAACGAUCUCAAAACUAGUGACUCGGAGAUCAGGUGCAGCACUUGUGAGAUUAUCCUUUUUUGCGAUAAAUAGUGUUUGAUGUCAAAGCAAAAAAAAGUUGCUAUUACAAUCUUGGGAACGCAUUUUUCAUGUUGAGUCAACCCAAGACUGCAAUAGAAUUGAGUCCUGGAUGUUUUUACAGGACACACUUGAACCUAGUCCUUGGUUCAGAAGCACAUUCGAUUGUUUUCCGACUGUGUUCGUUAGCAGGUUAGUGUGUUUUUCUACGUUCAGGUCCUGAAUUGGCACCCAAUCCGUACUGUCAUUUUAAGACGAUUGGAUAUGAAUAUACAAGUAAAUAAGAGGGAAAAAAAGUUUGUUUAUACCAACCUAAAGCUCCAAGAGCUGUUUGCAGUAGGAUCAGAUACUAUCUUGUAGUUCACAGCACUGAAGGCUUGAAUGAGGUUCCUCUCUAUCAUCCCACUGGAGGCACAUGGCAUAAGGCUAUGAAUUUCUCCUCUUUCAUCCAUUGUACAAUUUCUUCUGUUGUACUGUUUCUGAUGUUUUUUUUUUCUUUGUCUAUCUACCUUCACUUGUACUGGCAAUGUAAAUGUAAGCCGAGUUGUGAUUCCUACAGGAGACCAAGUGGAGAAGCUUUUGUCAGUAGUGUGGAAAAGGAACACUGAACUCUUGAAUCUUUUUUGCAUGUUGUGGAAAAAAGUGCGAAGCGAUGAUGAUGAUGCUGGUAAUGGCAAUAUUGUGGUCUUACAAAAAAAACAAAACAAAAAAAGUAUUAACGAUGUUGAUAAUGUUUUGGUUUCCCAGCUUCUAAUAAAGGCAACCUACUUUUUAUACAGAUUUAA